CGGGGCUGCGCCUGCAGCUUCCCGGCCAGGCUGAAAGGACGAGGGUAGCUCGCCUUGUCGCCCCUGAAAGCGCCCACUGGAUGGCCUGGCCCCAACUGCUCUCGCCGAGCCGCGCAAAGGGAGCUGCUUCUGGCUCUCGUUGGCCUCACAGGUUUGCUUUCCUUCUUUUCCCGAAGGUGGGCCCAUAGAUUCACUGCCCGCAGUUUGCGGCCGCCGGGAAGCCCAAAUCCGAGUGUCCGGAGAGUAACCGGAAGUGCCGUUCCAGGCGGAGGGGCGGUGCCGCUGCUGCCGGGGAGAGGGAAGACUUGAGUGUUGGGCUUAGUUAUGGUCUAGAGACCUUUUGGAGCCAAAAGGAAAACAGUCUUAAGUCUCUGUUGUUACGGGUUGGCAAUAACAAGGAAAGAAUUAGUGUAUAGGAUGCUGGAAACUUGUAGAGAGGAACUGCUCGUGACUGAAAGGCCUAAAACAGAUGUAUCUUUCAAGUGCUUAUCAAGAAAAUGACUAUGGAGAACAUGAUGGGUCAAGAAGACCGGUGGAAAACUCCCUAGGAGAGAGCCAUAGAAAAUGUACACUUCCGAAGAAAGAUAUAACCAGAGAACUCAAAAACGGAAAAUAUAUCAUGUAUGCCCUCAGAAGGGUAAAAAGAUUUUUAUUCAUGUGCAUGAGAUUACUCAAAUAGAUGAGCAGAUCUACCAGUGCCUUGAACGUGAGCAGAACUUCUGUGAGAACUUAGCUCUUAUUAUGUGUGAGAGAACCCAUACUGGGGAGAAACCUUAUAGAUGUGAUAUGUGUGAGAAAACCUUCAUCCAAAGCUCUGAUCUUAUUUCACACCAGAGGAUCCACAAUUAUGAGAAACCUUAUAAAUGUAGCAAAUGUGAGAAGAGCUUCUGGCACCACUUAGCCCUUUCAGGACACCAGAGAACACAUGCAGGUAAAAAAUUCUAUACGUGUGAUAUCUGUGGCAAGAAUUUUGGUCAGAGCUCCGACCUGCUUGUCCACCAGCGAAGCCAUACAGGCGAGAAACCAUAUCUGUGUAGUGAGUGUGAUAAAUGUUUCAGCCGAAGUACAAACCUCAUAAGGCACCGAAGAACUCACACAGGUGAGAAACCAUUCAAAUGUCUGGAGUGUGAAAAGGCUUUCAGUGGGAAAUCAGAUCUUAUCAGCCACCAGAGAACUCAUACUGGUGAAAGGCCCUACAAAUGUAACAAGUGUGAGAAAAGUUACCGACACCGUUCAGCCUUCAUCGUUCAUAAAAGAGUUCAUACCGGGGAGAAGCCCUAUAAGUGUGGUGCCUGUGAGAAAUGCUUUGGCCAGAAAUCAGACCUUAUUGUACACCAGAGAGUCCACACAGGUGAAAAGCCGUAUAAAUGCUUGGAGUGUAUGAGAAGUUUUACUCGGAGUGCCAACCUCAUCCGGCACCAGGCAACUCACACUCACACUUUUAAAUGCCUUGAGUAUGAGAAAAGCUUCAACUGUAGUUCAGACCUUAUUGUGCAUCAAAGAAUUCACAUGGAAGAGAAACCACAUCAGUGGUCUGCAUGUGAGAGUGGCUUCCUUCUGGGCAUGGACUUUGUUGCCCAACAGAAAAUGAGAACUCAAACAGAGGAGUUACAUUACAAAUACAGUGUCUGUGAUAAAAGCUUCCACCAGAGCUCAGCCCUUCUCCAACAUCAGACAAUCCACAUUGGUGAAAAACCGUAUAUCUGUAAUGUGGGUGAGAAAGGUCUUGAGCUCAGCACUCCCCAUGCAUCGGAAACCUCACAAAUGUCUUGACUGGACGAGAAGGUGUAAUACCAUAAAAAAAUACAUUUACAAUGUAAGAAAACUCCUUAAGAUGAAGACCUCUAAGCAAAUCUCAGACUUUGCUCACAGCUCAGAUUUCACUGGGGACCAGAGAAGUCAAAAAAUGGUUUGCCCAGAGAGCUAUCCUUGCAGAACCUUACCAGUCACUCCAACGAGAAACCUUACAAAGGACCUGAGUUUGGGAAAACCUUUAGUCCAAGCUCAGAUCUGAUUUCCCAUAAGAGGAUUCAUACAGGUGGGAAACCUUAGAAAUUUGUUGAGUGUGAGAAAGCCUUCUAGCAAUGCUUGCCUCUCCUCAUUUGAUGAGAAUUUACAUCAGAGGACACCAUUUUACAUGUCCCAUGUCAACAGUGCCUCAGGCAGUAUGUAUGUCUCAUUGGAUGUCAGAAAACCCAAUUUGGGAGAAACCCCAACAGGUGUGAAGAAAGCUUCUAACAGAACUAUGACUUUCUUAGCCAUCAGAGAAGCCAUACUGGUGAAAGUUUGUAUUUAUUUGUCUAGAAUGUGGCAAAAGCAUUAGUUGAAGAGCCUUCUUGGGUUUGCAAGAAAAAAACCCAAUCUGAGAAAAGACCUUAUGAAUUGUCUGAAUGAGAAAAGCUUCCGUCAAUGAUCAGCUCUUGUGGUACACCAGGGAACUCAGAUAAGUGAAAAAUCCUAUACAUACCUGGAGUCUGAAAAAAGCCUUGCUAGAAACCCUUACCUUAUUGGGCCCCAAAGAACUUACUCUGCAGAGAAUUUUCUUCUAGUAAGAGAUCUGACUGUGGACUGUGUAUGUUUAAUAGGCCUGAGAAGAACUAUUCUCAUAGUUAGUUGACCCAUAUAGUAGAGAUGACUUUUAAUGGAGUCAGUAUGUAAACAGUUUGUUUUUAGAUGCCCAGAAGCUUGUUCUGGGAGGAGCUAGGGCAGGUCACAGAGACCUGAUGGGUAACUCAGGUAAAGAUGCUUUUCUUUUAUCUGAACCACUUCAUGAUUGCUUUACUUUCAGUUUUUAAAAUUUGGAAAUCCAAUAAAGGAAAGGACUGGAACCUUGA